CUGCAUGCUGUCAAUCGGCAGGUCCAACUACAUGCGUUUCAACCACCCAGCAGAAGCGAAGCAACUGAGAUCAGUCCUGCCACACUCCAGAAUCUCAAUGGCGCCCAUAAGCUUCCUCCUGCCGGACAGCAGCCAGGAGAACUAUCCCCUGGAACGAAAACCCCCCGUAGCCCCCAGGAAAUCCCCACGCAACUCUUGCUCAGACGAUGAGAUAGGGUUCCUGGGCAAGCUCACCAAGUUCGAGAUGCUGUCAAAGCAGAACAGGAACAACUGCGUCUCUCCAAAGGUGUUCCCAGCAGGCGCCAUCACCACCAACGUCCCAGCAGACCAGAUCCUAGGCCACUCUAGGUCAUCCAGUCUAAUCUCCCUAAAAAACAACAACAACAACAACUCUCCGUUACAGAACCUAACCAAUCUAGAAAGAAGCCGCUCCAACACACCGUCCUUCAAUUCGCCUCCAUCCUUCUUGAACACGUCUGGCUGCUUCUCUCCGAAUCAUUGUACUGAUGAGAACCGUCAGAGAGAAUCCAGACCUAGAUCCAACACGCCCAAUCAAAUUCAAAUGUACUCUGCGGCUGAGUCUUAUCUGAAGAGCUACAAGCCUUAUUACAGAGAGAACAAUGAGAAUAAUCAGAGUCCUCAGAGUAAUCAGAGUGCGAAGAGCACAGGAAGCCAAGGAGACCUGAUGUCCAGGAGCCUGACGUGCCAAAGGUCAGACUUGGAAGACGCAAACCUGAGGGACUAUGACAUGAGCCAGAGCUUGAUUGUUACUAAGACGACCACUACUGAGUAUCUUCAGUUGGAGAAGUUUGGCUCGAAUCCCAGUAUUUGUAGCAAUAACAAUGGGAGCUUGCGGAAUGUCAGUGGACAGGGCUUUGGGUCCAACCCGAAUAUCAAGAGGAUCCAGCCACCAAGUCCAGCAUUCAACCGGAACCCAAAGUACAAUGAUCCUAAGAGGAGCUUUGGCAGAGUGAAGAGUCCCACGCUCAGUACUGAGAGUUGUUCGUUGGAGGAGCUGAGGGAGAGGCAGGUGGAGGCUGAGAAUAAGCGCAGGGAGGCAGAGAGCAGGAGGAAGCUGGCGCAGGAGGAGAGGCUGAGGGAGCAGGAGGUGGAGCGGCAGGAGAAGAUGAGGCUGGAGGAGAUUCUUGCCAUGUGUGCAGAGUAUGAGAGGCAGAGUGCUGCUGAGAAGCCGAGGCAGCCUAAUAGAAUCAAAACCAACGGCUCGCUGCCCCGCGACAAGAGGCUCGGCUACAACUCGCCGUUCGAUAGCCCCAGGAGCCCGUCGAAAACGCAGUCGCACUUCUCCUUCGACACGAGCAAGCAGUCGAAUUCCACGUCGUACGAGAACGUAUGCGUGCAGAACUCGAAGGUGAUCUUCCAGAACGGCAACUCUCCAGGCAAUCGGCGCCUGGCGACUCAACAACCAGAUAGUCAAACGAGCAGCCAAAAUCAUCAUCAAACCACGCCGAACAACAAUCAAUCGAUGAAGUGGCCGAACGUGCUUGGCAACGGGGACUACAGUUUCUCCGGCUCGAUCUCGCAGGCACGUGGCCCGGGCUACGAGACCGCGACGAUCGAGCACUCACCGUUAAACAAUAACAAUAACAACGGUUACAACGAGGGCAAGGAGUCGUCCGCGUACGGGACGAUCCAGCUGAACGGCGCGCGGAUCAGCGCCCAGCCGAACAACGCGCGCAGCUACGAGAACUCGGCCGGCAACGUCAGCCUAUACGAGAACGUGGCGGUCCCGCCGACCGGCCAGAACAAUCAGAAUCAUUCCAUACCAAAGAAGAACGGCCAGCCGGCGAACUCAUGCGAGAUGAUCGAGAACAAGCUCGCGAUAUCGAACGACGACCUUCUCGAGGCCAUCGAGCAGCUGUCGAUGCUCUCCAAGUCCAAGGAGAUAUGCAUGAUCCCGAAGAAGAACAACUCCGAGAUGGACAACGCGAAGUCGAACGAGGCGAAGGCGGACAAGGAGAGGAAGGAGCUCGAGGAGGAGGACAGGAGGAAGUACAUCGAGUUCCUGCAGAACGAGAAGCUCCAUAUUCUGGGGAACAUGGACGCGCUGAAGAGGAGCGUCGCGGAUAUUGAGAUUCAGGAGGAGGAGAUCAGUAGAGAGCUGGAGCUGGAGAAGGCGCUGUUGUCCGCGGAGUACGAGUCGGAGUCCCUGAAACUGAAUCAAGAUGAGGGCGAGAAGAUCAAGGUGCAGAUGCGGAUAAACGAGCUCGAGCGGCAAAUGGCGGAAGACAACGCGGCGCAGGCGAACCUGCAGGCGGAGGCGAAGCUGCGGGUCCAACGGGCGCAGCAGGCGUGCGGCCGCCUGGAGGAGGAGCUCGCGAACGCCGCGGACGAGCCAGCGCAGGUGGGCGUGGCCGAGAAGCUCGCCGCGCAGCAGGACGCGCUGGAGGCGGAGCGGAAGGCGUUCGAGGAUCUGGAGUUCCACCACCUCGAGGAGGAGGCGAGCAAGCUGGCGACCAGGGAGGAGCUGCAGAGAUACUUGAGCGAGCUGACGGCAAAGAUUGAAACGAGGAAGGCUCGACUGAACCAUUUGGAGUCGCAGAGAUCCGAAGCGAAAAGCACAGCGACUAAAGACGCGAGGAGCCUCGAGAGACAGAAACUGGCGCAUUUGAAACGGUUGGAAGAAGGUCGAAACCGAGUUAGAGCGAUAAACGACGAAUUAACGAAAUUAGCACAGAAUUCGUGCGAGAACUCUGAAGAGAAACGAUCCCCUAGCAGGGAGGACUUUGACAGGAUCUCAAGGGUCACCACAGACUCACCUAUUGUCAACAAUCAGGGCAGCUUAGGCAGGAAGACUAUCGAAUCUCUCAAAGAAAUUGAAAGAAAUCGACAGCUUCAUUUAGCAAAACAAGGCAGCCAAGUAAUUUCCGAAGAAAGGCGAAGGGUCGAGGAACUGAAAAGAAGAGUGCAAGACGAAGUUCGGUCACAGUGGGAAGAAAGGAAGAUGAACUGCACAUCGUUCAACAGUGUCGAAUCUGGCGAGGAGUCAUCGAGCUAUUCAACUGGGCCAACAGAAAGCGGCAGCGGCAGCAGCGACGGCGCGGAGGGCGGGAACAGCGAGAAGCUGUCCCCCAGCAAACUUUCGGAACUCACGUCGCCCAGUCCCGGACCUUCGAACAAUUCCUACAGUCUGCUCCAAAAUGAUAACAUGAGAGACGACCGAAGAACAUCAAUGGAAGGCGAAAGACUCAGUAACAACAGUGGAGGAAUAAUCGACGGAAACGGAAGUCGUCCUCUUUCACAAACCUCCAGCGAGAUGGACACCCUUGGACCACUGCAACCAGUCAAACAUCGUGAAAAGGCAAAACUGCAGAGGCCGCUCACGAGAUACCUCCCCAUCAAGUCGGAGUUCCUGGACCUGAGGCAUCACAUCGAGACAGCCGGGCACCAGUUACCCCUGAUACACGAUGUCACGGUCGACACGACCAGUUGCAGCGGUUACCUGUCGAAGAUGAGCAAGAAGUUCCACCACUGGAACAAACGGUGGUUCGUCUUCGAUCGGAAGAGAAAGACGCUAUCCUACUACAGCGACAGCUCCUCCAGGAAGGCGCGGGGCGUCAUCUACUUCCAGUCGAUUGAAGAAGUUUACGUGGACCACAUGAACACUGUGCGAUCGCCACAGCCAUCGCUAACCUUCAUCAUCAAAACAUCGUCCAGGCUGUAUCACUUAAUGGCUCCCAGUCCAGAAGCAAUGCGUGUCUGGGUGGAUGUGGUGUUCACCGGUGCAGAGGGAUACCACGAGUUUGAUCAUGGCAUGUGAUAAGCCGGCCAUGUACACGUCUCUGGUCUAGAUCCAUAUUCACAGGUUCGGUGACAUAAUGUGUACCUCAAACCUGCAGCCUGUGGGCUCAGAAAUUGAACUUCGUGACCACUCGAAGACUAGAUCAAUCUGAAGCAGAAAUAUAGUUGCCACGUUUGAAGCUAAACAAGACGACAAGUCGAAGUCUACAUUGGUGCUCGAACACUGUGUUCCUCGGAUAAGUAGACACGAAGUUGACACCACUUGCAAGCACUAAUCGGAGGAAGACGAACCUUUGAUGUCGAAAACUCUUUGAUACUUCUGUCGGUAUUCGAAACGAAUUGGUAGAAAGGAAGAACGGUGGAUAACAUUAAUGCAGGGUAUGAUGUGUGCCCUAUUUUACAAAGUAUUAAAGUUAUUUUGGCAAAGUGGAAAAUCAAUACGGAGAAACAAUAGCAUUAACGCAUGAAACGUGGGAAGAACUAGAAUAAUGUGUUUUAAUAUGAAAAACAGAUACUGGGGAUGAAUGUUUGUAUAAGAAGAUGACGUAGGUAAUCGAAUAUUUCAAGUGGAGCUUUGAUUAUUUGUGCCAAGGUGUUUUUUCGAAUAUAAGGGCAUUAAUUGUAUGUCAUGCAGAAAGUAUUAUUCAUUUGAGUGCAGGCUAAUUACGACAUUAUUCUAUUUAAAUAAAGGGGAUUCUAUAGGAUUUACUGUUUAAAGUUCAUAGACAUUUUUAAUCUAGUCUUCCAGCAUAGAUACUUCGAUGAACUUUUGAUAAAAAGAUCCUUGACAAUAGUUCAAUCUGUGUUCCGAAGCGAACCGGAGGUCAGGUGUCCCUGCUACUGUAUAUACCUACAUCCCAUUUUACAUUUUUUAGUGCGAUUCCCUCAAUGGAUAUAUUGAUAUCGCGUGAUAUACCAAGGAUGCUAAGAAAUCUUCCAUGUCUUUGUAUGCCCAAAGGAAUUUUUUAUGACAUGCAUGCGUAUACUAUCGCUCAAAGCUAUUUGAUUGAGUUUACACUGUUGUCCGGUUAAGCGUGUUAACCUUGACUGUAUAAAAAUCAAGCAUCCAUUUGUAUCUAUUUCACUGAGACGAAGAUUAUUAUUCACCUAAUAAGUAAUCAAAUAUUUUUGAGUGGUAGUGUAUUAUAUAUACAAUGUUCUAAUUGAUUUUUACCAUUUACAAUGAGCUAACGUAACACUCGAAUGAGAAGAAUCAAUUGGAAUACUCUAUAGAUCGGUUUCAUGACUUUGUUAUACGUAUAUGUAUCAUCCAAAACUUAAGCUUCAAUCAAAGAAAUAAUGUUGAAUAUUCUUGCAUGUAUCCUUUAUAGAAACGAUUAAAUUCAGUUCUCAAGGAACACCCUGAAUGUUCCUUUUCAGAUACGUAUCAUAUCAAAGUCCAUUAUAUUACGGUAACAAAACACAAUAUCUUUUUAACUGUGCGAACCUGUUGCAAACGCAUGAAUUAGGAAUAUUAUCUGGCGAAUAUAAUUGGUCACUCGUAUCGAACAUUUAUAAAUUUACAAAUGUCCUGCUUAAGAGACCGGUAAGCAUUGAUGACCGUUCGAAGUUUAAUGAACUAUAAUUCUAUUAAAUCGUGCCUGUAAUUUACAGAGCGGACAGUAAUUAAUUUUCAAUCAAGAAACAUGUAUAAUUCUAGUAAAAAUGCCUGGCGAUGCAUUAUUCUUUCUCUAUAAGUACGCAUUAUCAUUUGAGGGGCAGGCUAACGGUGAGCCUAGUAUGUUGUCAAUUACUAAAAUGUCCAUGGCUCUUUAUAAUAAUGUUGCUAACUCCUGACAGAGCUAUUAUAGAGAGGGAAUAUGUCCCAUAUAUUACGUAACCUGUAACAUAAAGAAAUUUUUAGUCGAUCAACACUAUUUUAUGAAUAUUUAUAAUAUCACUGUGGCUGCCAGAGUUUUACCUUGUGACUUUUUCAAGCAUACAUGACUGUUAAGUUUUCAGAAUCAUACGAUUUGCAGGAGACCACUGCGUAAAUUUUUAUCGAAGAACAUUAUGUGUCUCACGAUUAGAUGUAUCUUGCUACAAAUAUCUUAUACUAUUAAAUUAAAAUAAAUUAUAAAUUGUAUUUCAUACAGUGCGUACGUAUUUUUGGAUAUAUUUACAAAAGAUAUUGAAAUGUUCUUUAUUAAUAAAUUACUCACCCUAUUAACGAAUGUAUAAAUACCUGAGUAUUUUAGAAGUACAUAUCUUGUACAAUAAAAGGCAAAUACGUAUUUACAAUGUAUUUUAUUAACAUACUUUUCACCUGUGCUUUAUGAUGUAUUGUAAUCGGUUAACUAUUGUGUUAUUGUUUAACGUUACUGAGGUUCUUGGUUCAAUUGAUAUACUUAAAAUAAUAUAUAU